AUGGGACUAGGACAAGAUGGUGGAGGAGUAGCCAGGGCCAAGUGUUCACUGGCAGGGUGGAAUGUGGCGGCGAAGCAUUGUGACUACUGCAAAUCUGCGGUGGCACUGCUAUUUUGUAGGACGGACUCGGCUUUUAUGUGCAUGGCAUGUGAUUCCAAGGUCCAUGAUGUGAAUAGCGAAUCCUUGGCUUUAUCUUCCACAUCGAGGCACGAACGUGUGUGGAUGUGCGAGGUGUGCGAACAAGGGCCGGCUAGUGUCACGUGCAAGGCGGAUGCUGCCGUUCUCUGCGUCGCCUGUGAUUGUAACAUCCAUUCCGCGAACCCCCUAGCCAGUCGCCACUUGCGGGUCCCAGUCAUGCCCUUUUACAACGAUGCUGAGUCCUUGGUUAAGUCCACUGCCGCAUCCCUCUUGGUGCCUGACUUGACUAGUAACAUCUUGUACACAACCUCGAAUGUUCAACAUGACAAAAAAAAUUUCAACACACAGGACAGCUUUGUUACUGAUCGUUGGAUUUCUCAAAACCCAAUUACUACAUCGAGACUUGAUACGGAUACAACGGACAUGAAAUCCAUGGAAUUCUUGUUUUCCGAUGAUCAAUUACUGGACUUUUACAAUCCAAUUUCAUCGCAACAACCUGACAGUGUUGUUCCAGUACAGACCAUGGAAUCUCCUGUCCCAACAAAAUUGACUGAUCAUUCAUCAGAAAAUCGAUUCGAAAUUGAUUUCACGAGAUCCAACAUUAGUUCUUACAACAACAGCUACACUACCCCAUCUUUUAGCCAAAGUGUUUCAUCAUCUUCAAUGGAUGUCGGGAUUGUGCCCGAAGGGAGCUCUUUUUCAGAAUCAUCGUACCCUUUCGGCGUCGAUCUGAGUGGAAAUCAAGGUUCCCAGAUUGUUGGAUUGAACAGGGAAGCAAGAGUUUUGAGGUACAGAGAGAAGAGAAAGAACAGAAAAUUUGAGAAAACUAUAAGAUAUGCAUCCCGAAAGGCGUAUGCGGAAACAAGGCCAAGAAUCAAAGGCCGUUUCGUGAAAAGAACAGAACCAGUUGAGUCUGAUAUUGAUCAAGUUUUCAUCACUGAUGAAAGAUACCAUAUAGUUCCCUCAUUCUGA